UUUCUAAAGUAGUUUCAGAAAAAAGAAAUUAUUUUAAUGAAAAUAAGAUUCAUGUGCCUCUUGGAUUCGGUUAGGAAACUUAAAUUCAGAAUUUAUUAUGUAAGUUCCAUUCUAGAUAACGAAAAUCUCUUUAUAAUUGUGUCAAAGGUGUAAAUUCCAGAUUUUCAAUUAUUGUAUGUAAACUACGAACUAAUAUUUUAUUUGCAACAGUAAAUUUGUGUCAUUUAGUUGAAUUAUUGCUUUAGUAAUAAAUAACGUGGUCACGCAUAUGUUUCGUAGUAGUUUGGGAAACGCGAUGUUUUUCAAUCGAUAUAAAAAUUUGUAUGUUGAAAGCUGUACUGCUCUAGAGGAAGCUGGAAAUUGAAAGCUGAUUUAAAUUUCUAUCAACGAUCUCAUUUCAAUUCAGUAUCAUUUUUUCCAUCAAGGUGCCUGAAGGAGGAAGCAGCCAGGUUUUUAAAUUUUCAGAUAAAAAACAGAGCAGCCCAAAUGUUACUGACCAAACGGUACCAGAACCAGUUAUUAUACAGUAGAGAGCUAGUAGCACCCUAAAAUUUUUCAAUAUAUAAUGUCCGGCCAAAUAAAUACGAUUAAGGGAUGGAGAAUCUUUCUUUUCAACCCCACUAUAUCACCUACACUUUUAUACAUUUAAAACAACAUUUUCAAACAUACAAUUAUAAAAAAAAUUAACUUUGUCAACGGAAUCUCCUAAGAGUGGUCGUGCGGUCGUCGUUUGAGUGCAGACCUCAACUCGAGCCUCAACUAUUUUAAAAUUAGGCUCUUCCUUUUGGCUUAAGACCUGAAUCGCAAUAAUGUGUACCUAUCCUAAUUUUAAAAAACAAACUAAGAUUCGUAUUUUCAUUUCCAAACUUCCCAUGUAUAGCAAUGCGACAUUUUUUACAACUUCGAUAUAUUGAAAGUGAGUAUUCCAAAGUUUCAAACUUAUCCCUUACCAGAGGAAAUAAAUAAUCAGUACACUCCGUUCAGUAGUUACAUAAGAUCGAAAUAACCGGAUCCAUGACACUCGUUGCCUUAAUUUAAUGAGAUAUAAUGGAAUUUCAAGGUUCUAUUGUACAUUGAAACGUUCCUUGUAUGAUGACUCAAAAAAAAAUUGGGUACACAAGUACGUCGAUUGUCUGUAGUUAAGUAGUUCUAACUAAUCAGGCAUGAAGAUUGUUCUAAUAGUGUGCUACAUGGUGAUCGUAUUUGGGCAAGAUUUAUUUGUAUCGAACUUAAAUAACGAAUGUUUAGAAUGUCUCUGCUAUGCUUCUACAAGGUGUAACCUAAGAAGUGGUUGUAAUGGUGGCUAUUGCGGGGCAUAUCAAAUUGGAUAUCACUACUGGAAGGAUGCUGGAAGUCCGACACUCCCCGGCAACCUUCCCUAUUUCGCUGGAGCUUUUGAGAGCUGCGCAUUGACGUUAUCGUGCGCUCGAAAUACUAUCAAACAGUAUAUUUCAAAGCAUGGAAAGGAUUGCAACGAGGAUGGUAUUACAAACUGUGAUGAAUAUGCGAUGAUUAAUUUUAAUGGAGCAUCGAAUUGUAACCAACCAUUAUCCAGUUUUUCGGGUCGGGAAUUUUGGCGUCGCUACAUCGACUGCAAAACUGCUCAAAUGUAAAUUGUUAUUUUUUAAUUGAAUCUGUAAAUACAAUCACGAGGAAAUUGUUCAAAGACUAAGUACUCGAUAUAAGUGCUGUCAGUAAAAUUAUUCAUUACAGUUCCCCUUUACACUAA